UCUGCCUUCCGGGUCAAACGGGACACCGGACUUAACAACACAGAAGGAGGGCAAGCAGCGGAGUCGAGGGAGGGCAGCGGCGGCGGGCUACUAGCUUCACCCGCCUCUUUUCUUCCACUCCCGCCUCUUUCCAUUCCUACGCAGACGGGUGGGGCCCACAUCUGCGUAGGAGUGGAAAGGGGCCGGAAGGGGCCGGGCCGCAGGCGCCCAGACUUCCGGCACGCAGCCGAGCUGCCCUGCCGGUAGUUCUAACGCGAGGCGCGCGAGCGGACUGGGUGACGUCAAGGAAGGCGGUGGGACGGGGGACGUGUUGGGCAUGCGCAAUAGAUCGACUUCGCCGACCCUGGUCCCGCCGGCAGUAAAGGACCUGCCCACGCGGGUGGGCUUUCCAGUUUUGUGGCGGAGGGCGGGCGCCUAGCGGCUUUCUUGGCAGCGGGCAGGAAACUGGCAGGAGUUCCUGAGCCUGAACGUGCAGCGGAAGUAGAAGAACGCCCUUCUUCAAGCGUCUGGAGCUCAGAGAUGCAGCCCAGGGGAGGGAAAUGUGACUAGUUGAGGAGGCCAUGCUUACUGUUGCUGCCAGAUCCCAUGUCAGUACCAAGUCCUCAGCUGCUGGUGGCAGCUGCUCAGCAGACCCUGGGCAUGGGAAAGAGACGAGGCCCACCCCGAGCUGUGUGCCUUCACCUAGCCGGAGAGGUGCUGGCUGUGGCCAGGGGACUGAAGCCAGCUCUGCUCUAUGAUUGCAACUGUGCAGGGGCAGCAGAGCUCCAGAGCUAUCUGGAGGAGCUGCAGGGCCUGGGCUUCCCGACCCAGGGACUUCACAUCCUUGAGAUUGGAGAAAACAGCCUGAUUGUCCUUCCUGAGCACGUGUGUCGGCACUUGGAGCAGGUGCUGCUUGGUACCAUAGUCUUUGUGGAUGUUUCAAGCUCUCAACUUCACCCUUCCGUCUGCUCCCUGGACCAGCUUCAGGACUUGAAGGCCCUUGUGGCUGAGAUCAUCACACAUUUGCAGGGGCCACAGAGGGACCGAUCCCCGGCAGUCUCUUGCAGCAGGCUCCGUUCCUCAGACUGGAAUCUCUGUACUGUGUUUGGGAUCCUCCUGGGCUAUCCUGUCCCCUAUACUUUUCACAUGAACCAGAGAGAUGACAACUGCUUAGCCCAGGCUCCACUACGGGUGUUCACUGCCCGGAUCUCAUGGCUACGUGGUCAACCACCACUCUUGCUCUAUUCCUUUAGUGUCCCAGAGAGCUUGUUCCCAUCCUUGAGGGACGUUCUGAACACUUGGGAGAAGGACCUUAGAACUCGAUGUAGGACUCAAAAUGACUUCGCUGGCCUCAGCAUCUCUUCUGAGAUAGUCACACUGCCGGCUGUGGCCCUCUGACUUGUAACUCUUUUCCUGUGUAGAAGGAGCUCGGUAAAUGAUCAGCUCUCGGCCAGAGAUGGCAAAUAAGAAUCAUCUCAAGUGCCAAUUCCAAGCAUCUCGAGGACACUAGGGAAGAAUGCUGUAAUAAAUUUGCCAUUUUUAUGCUGAACUGGACUAGGGAGAGUAGACCAGGAUGCAUCAGGAAUAAACAGAGUUCUCUGGAACAGA